AUGUAUAUCCCACCCCAGGUUCGUGGGCUCAUGGCCCGUCAAGAUGGCGGCAACACCGGCCCUGACAACAAAAACCAAGGCUCUGAUAGAAACAUUAUGUUUGUCUUUAUCGCCCUGGGCAUUGUCCUCGUGCUCGUCCUGCUCGUUGCCUCCUACUUUGGCCUGAAAUAUUUGCGGCGGAAGGGCUGCUCCCCGAAAUACCUCCCAGGAAAAUACUUGAAAGACAAAUGGAACCGUUGGAACCCUGGAAAGUUCUAUGACCCAGUCUCAAGUGGCUUUCGAAGCGGAUCUGCUACGGGUGCUGAAGGCACGGAAAUGACGACCGCGAGAACAACCAAUCCCGUCCGUCGAGAUGCUUCCAUUCGCUCCGUGGUCACUCUUCCUGCCUAUUCUGCAAAUCCCAAGCCUGAGGAACAGGUCAUCGCGCGUGAAGGCGAGCGUGACGGGAUGGACACCGUCAUUGAAUUUCCCGAGACCGCUGAAGAAGAAGAGGCUCGCCGGGAGGAGCUCAUGGCAUCGCUGUACGAAAUCCGUCAGCGCCGGCGCGAGGAACUAGCAGAACGUGAGGCUAGGCGACAGGCGCGGCGUGAAGCUCGUGAGCGUGGAGACCGUGCCCAGCUAGAGAUUUUACGGGAACAGGAUCGACUUCGUGCUCGCCAACGUGCAAGAAGUCAUUCGUCCACCAAUGCCAGCAACAGUGCCACCAACCUCGCUACGGCGUUAGCCGAGAGCCAGACUCGUGGUCGCGGCAGGCGGAUUGCCAGCGUCAGCUACGCGGACGUGGGCUACGUUCGUCACGAUGGAUCACGGGUCCGAGCAACUUCACACGAUUCCGAUCGUCGCCCCCUGCUGUCGAAUGGCCCUUCCGGCAGUUUCGAUGCUUCUAACAGGUCUUCUAUGGUCGAUAUCCCAAGCAUUCACUCGCGAGGAGAGUCAUACUCAUCCGGCUCCACUGGUCCUGUUGAUUCGGGUGCCUUGACUCGAGUGCACUCCGAAGCACAUUCCAUCGUCUCUACCCUUCCAUCCACUCCAGGCGGCGAGGAGGGCGAUGUUGGUGCUCUCGCCAUCCCCCCUCCGGAGUACGAUCAUCUGGACUGGGGAGAAGCCCCUCCGUAUCAAAGCCCCGUCACCGAAAGGAACGAACAAGCCGCACAUUCCCAGGAGCUGAUAGUUGUACCUACAAUUCAUAUUGAUGCAGCAAGCCCUGUCAGCGACAAUUUCCCGGCGACCGCUCCUCGUGCGUCCAGAGAGCAGCACGAUUCGACUCCAGAUUCUGCUGAAACUCACUAG